GUCGAGAACUACUUCUUUUGCAUGAGCAGCGUCUACAGCAAGACUCAUUCGCCGAUAUCGAAACUCAUACACACGGUCUCAUUCCAGUCGCGUGUUUGCACCGUUGAAGAGAUGUCCAAAUUACGCGACUGCUCGCAGAUGAACAUCCUGUGA